AUGUGGUUGUCAAUAUUCUUAGUGCUGUCUGUAGUGACUACUUCUUGCAACCGCGACUUCAGAAAUGUUUUUCCAAACAACAUGUCUCACGAAAACGCCAAUUCCAUGGUAACAGAGCUAGUCAGACUAUUGAACGUCGAUGAAGUGGAUGACGUGACGUUACAGUUGUGUAUCAAAUUGCUCGACCAAGGUGUCGACCCCAAGCAGCUUGCCAGGGAUAUCUUGCUGAUAAAAAAUGAGACUACUUCUGCUAUAAGCUGA